AUAACACUCCCACUAAUACUUUCUCCGAAAUUCUGACAGCGAAAAUGGUUCUCAAAGUCUAUGGCUCUGCCAUGGCCACUUCCCGUGUGCUAGUCACGCUUCUAGAGAAGGAGUUGCCGUACGAAUUUGUCCUUAUUGACAUUGCAAAAGGAGACCAAAAGAGCGAGGAGUACAAAAAGCUCCAGCCUUUUGGCAAGGUGCCUGCGCUGGAUGAUGACGGGUUUCUAAUGUUUGAAAGUAGGGCUAUUUGCAAGUAUCUUGCCAAGAAAUACCCUUCUGGAAAAAAGCUCAUCCCAGAGGGAGAUGACGAGGCCUAUGGUCGCUUCGAACAAGCUUGUUCUAUCGAACAAAGCUAUUUCGCCGCCGCUUCCGAAACUAUAGGAACCGAGCUUAUGAUCAAGCCAAUGAAAGGUCUUGGUAUCCCUGACGAAGUAAGGGUCGCCCAAGCCGAACAAGACCUGGAUGCAGUUCUUGCUGUUUAUGACAAGAUCUUGGCUGGCCAGAAAUAUCUUGCCGGGAACGAAUUGACAUUGGCUGACUUGUUUCACUUACCCAAUGGAGCGGCCUUGAAGGCAGGUAAAUGGAAGGAGCUAUUCGAAAAAUAUCCGAACGUGGACAGGUGGUUCAAGGAAUUGCAAGGGAGAGAUAGUUGGGUGAGAGCUGCUACGCAGGCAGGAACGAUACUAUGA